UCGUGGACCGAGCGAGACUAUGAGAUGCUUUGCUCGCCAAGGCACUAAAUUUGGGCUGGGAAGGCGCAUACUAUGUAUAGAAACCGAGAAGGCCGAACUUAACCAUGCUUUAUUUUUUUUGCUUGAGUUAAGUCCUUUCUAUUGCCUGCAGAGAGUUUCCAAACACUCUAUGCCGACGUCCGAUCUCAUCUCAGCCCAAUAAAACAGUUCUCCCCCACCCAGUGUGCCUGUUUUAUUUUGGGCGAUUCUGCCUCACCCUGACCUGAUCCUUGGGAAGAAGACAACGAGAAACCUACCUAUCUAUC